UUAGAUACAGCUUUGGGACUACCAAAAUAAACAAGUUCCAGAUCAUUCGUGUUGCGCUGCCAACAUUAUCAUAAUAUUACCAUUAUGACAAAUAGAUUUAAAAAGGUUGAUACGCGAUUAUAAGUAGUAGAAUAGUUUUGAUAUUUAUUUACCCGAAUCUAAAUCGUGUGUACACAAUGUCUAAAAGUGUGGUUGUGCUCGUGUCGUUUUUGCUGUGUUACGCUGUGCUACACUGUGAUGGGGCCGCAUCUGAUAUACAACUGGAUGCAAAGGCUCAAUCCACACACCGCAUAGAUAGCCUGAAUUUACUUUCCUAUACUUUUCUUCUAAUUUUAACGGUACUUACCAUAUGGUUAUUCAAACAUCGUAGAGUUAGUUUCCUUCAUGAGACUGGACUGGCUGUUAUCUAUGGAUUGAUCGUGGGGGCUAUCAUUCGCUACUCUGGGAGCCCUUCCCAUGUACUCAACAUGCAGGUUUUCGCAAACGACCCUAAAUACAACUCCAGCUUGCCCCCCGACACCGUGUCGUUGCACUUCCCCGUCAAGGGACCCUAUGUGAAAACCAACAAGACUUUCCAGUACACGUUCAGGGGCGAAAUCGCCGACCCGGUCGAGAACGAGAUAGAUUUGAAGGCCACGUUCGACCCGGAGAUUUUCUUCAACAUUAUUCUUCCCCCUAUUAUUUUCCACGCGGGAUACUCUCUGAAAAGGAAAUAUUUCUUUCGUAAUUUGGGCGCAAUACUAACAUUUGCAAUAAUUGGUACGACCAUAUCGUCCUUUAUUGUAGGAGCACUGAUGUAUGGCUUUGUUCAACUGAUGCCUGCAAAAUUAGCCAGCAGUAUCACAUUUCUGGAUACUCUCUACUUUGGAGCCCUCAUUUCUUCUACUGACCCACUGACAAUCCUCGCUAUUUUUAAUGAUCUACAUGUAGAUGUUAAUCUGUAUGCCUUAGUUUUUGGCGAGAGCGUCCUGAAUGAUGCUGUUGCCAUCGUCCUAAGUGGUUCGAUUCAAAACUAUGAAGAACGGUACCAAUCGCGUUCUGGUGGGUUCGAAACUAAAGCAUUUUUCAGAGCCGUUGGAGAUUUCUUUGGAAUAUUUAUGCUAUCGUUGCUUAUUGGGGCAGUGAUGGGGUGUGUGACGGCUUUGAUAUCCAAAUUUACAAGGGUGCGUGAUUUCCCUCUUCUAGAGUCUGCUCUUUUCGUGCUAAUGUCUUACAGUACAUUUUUGAUAGCGGAAGCGUCGGAACUUACAGGAGUGGUCGCUGUUUUGUUCUGUGGCAUUUGCCAAGCUCAUUACACUUAUAAUAACCUUUCUGAUGAUACUAGAGUUCGUACCAAGCAGAUGUUUGAAUUAUUAAACUUUCUCGCUGAAAAUUUUAUCUUCUCAUAUAUAGGAGUCUCAAUGUUUACUUUCCCGAAGCAUCAUUUUGAUCCACUUUUCAUUUUGACCGGAUUUACGUGUGCCGCUAUUGGUAGAGCUGCUAACAUUUACCCCCUCUCUUUCUUACUCAAUUUGGGUCGAAAACCCAAAAUUCCCGCCAAUUUCCAACACAUGCUCUUCUUCGCGGGUCUUCGAGGAGCUAUGUCUUUUGCGUUGGCAAUAAGGAAUACGAUGUCUGAAGCACGGCAAGCCAUGUUAACUACGACUUCUUUAAUUGUGAUAAUUACUGUAAUUAUUCAAGGGGGUGCAACUAUGAAUUUGUUGCAGUGGUUCCAAAUUCCGGUCGGUAUCGAUGAAGAAACGGAGGCUCUAUCUCAUCAAGGACACAACGUUUACAAUUCCAUGGAGAAUAUGUCAGGGGGAAAUACCACACCAAGGGGCGACUGGAAUGAGAUAUCAGAGCCGGACUUGACACGGUUGAACGAAAAAGCCUUCUUAGCAAGAAUUUGGGGAUCUUUUGAUACACGUUACAUGAAGCCUUUACUUACGCAUUCACGACCGACUCUUCUUGAAACUUUACCCGUUUGCUGUAAUCCUAUUGCAAGAUUACUUACUACAACUGAGCAGAUGACUCAGGAAGGACAGAACAAGCCAAAUAGAGAUUCAGAUUCUGAUCUUUGUAUAGAAGAAAAUGAUUUUACUAAUAGUGAUCUAAGGGCAAGUUCUCAUAGACCAAUCCAUUCUAUUAGCGGACAUCAAGUUUAAUUUUUUUUAACUGUAAUUUCCUCUCGAUCAUAUAAAGUUGUUGUGAAUUAAGUCUAGUCAUCGAGUUAUUUACUAUGAGCUUUAACAUCGUGCACUGUAUUGUUUGUACACUUCGUACAAAGCGCUACUUCUCAGUAUCAGAUGUAUUGCUAACCUCGACACUGAAAAUCAUGACGCUGCUUUUUUCCUAAUGUGUGGUUUUCUAAGUUGUGUGCAGUAUUUUUAUUAGAAUUGUGUAUUGAUAAGAAGUCAGUAUUAUUAAUUCUAGAUUAUUCGAUCGUUUAUAGGUUGCAAUUAAGACGCAAUAUUUAUUUAUAUGGGUACCGUUGCGUUUACAAAUAGUAUUUUACCAAAUAGUUUAUGCAAUAACUUAGUUAUUAAUUAAACCUUGUUUUUAUUUAUUACUCUGUUUUAAUCUUAACAUCGAUUUGCCCAUAUAGUUGCUGUAUUCAGACGCUAAAUAUGACGUGUUUCAAUCACUUGUUUUGUUUUAUUGCAUGCACUUUGCUAAAUAUUACCAUUAUAUUAUGGCUGUGAAGUAUGAUUUUUACUGAUUGUAAAUUAGUACUUAAAAUUGUUAACACAUAAUCAUUAAUAAAUUAUUGUCCAACAUAA